GAAUGAAGUGAACGUAAUAUAUGAAUGAUUUUAAUGUGUAAUGUAUUCCGGAUUUCAACAAAAAAGGCAUUGAAUUGAGUGUUGUUUCCGGAGAUCACGUUUUGUCCACUUUUGGCACCGAUUGACAACAUUGUUGGCACCAAUUGUGGUGAUAGUGGACGACAGGACCAGUUGUGCAUGACUUUCCAUCCAUAUGUUGGAUCAGAUGAUCUUAUGGUAAAUAAUGGACACCAGCGGACAACUGAUGAGCGAUUGCAUCAAAUUUGUCAAAAUCAACUCAAAUCAAUUGAGUGUAUCGACGAGUGGCCACAAUAUGUUGAGUCCAUCGCAAAGUCAAAGCAACAGUUUGUCUCCAAAUAUAAAUUUAUUUGAUUUGGGAAAGAAAUUACUGGAAGCGUCAAGAAAUGGUGAGACCGAUGAAGUUAAAGCUUUGAUGCAAAGUGGAGCUCCUUUUUCUACCGAUUGGUUGGGCACCAGUCCAUUGCAUUUCGCUGCUCAGUUCGGACACAUAGAAACUGCAGAAGUUCUGCUUAGGGCUGGAAUUAGUCGCGACGCCAGAACUAAAGUCGACAGAACUCCACUCCAUUUGUGUGCACAAGAAGGACAUCUGACUAUUGUUUCAUUACUUAUAAUGCAUGGAUCAGAUGUCGAUGCGAAAGACAUGUUACGAAUGACACCUCUUCAUUGGGCUGUUGAAAGAGGACAUACAGAUGUUGUUGAUUGUCUGCUCUCCAAUGGCGCUGAUGUUAGCGUUCAGAGCAAGUUUGAGAAGACACCCAUUGAUAUUGCUUAUGACAACGGAAGACUAGAACUGAUUCCUACACUUCAAAAAUACAUUGGCGUUACGCGUACUAAACCUGAACCGAAACCAUCGCCAACACCAGCAGUUAAGAUGAGACCAAUAGUAUUGCCAAAUAAAUCGAAUCGUACCUCAAAAUCACCCAGGAACUAUUUACAUUCCAAUAAACCUGUAUUUCCUCAGGGAAUCAAUUGGAAGAAAGAUGAUACUAACCCGAUAUUGACCACUUUGGCGGCACUCGCAGCAGCUGGUAAUGGUAUGUCAGUUGCCGAUGCAUUUCAUUUUCUUGAAAGUCAAGGUCUGUCUAUAAACAAUGCGAGUACCGAUUCAGGUCUGUUUCAAAAUGUGUUAGAAAGUGGACAGACUAUGUCUCUGACCGAAGCCGGAAAACUUGCGCUCAAUUUCACGAAAGAUCAAAAUUGUCAGAAACCGUCACAAUCUUCAUCAACUGUUACCACAAACACGAAUAGUGGAAACAAUUCAAAGUUGAUAACUAUUGUGGCCGAUAGCACACAACUGCCACAAAUCAUUAACAGUACUCAGUCAACACCUAUUGUAGUGGUCAGUGGUUCAGCACUUCAAGACACUAAUGAUACCCAAACUACUGGUAAUAGUUCGACACAAAAGUUUACUCAAAUUCAAAACAGAAAAAAUAUAAAUAAUGCAAAUACUUUCAAAAUUAAUAAAACUAUUACAACUACUGGUAAUACCAGAUUUACAACUAUACCCAAAGCACACAAUAUAAAACAUGUUGUGAUUUCCAAUUCCGGUACUACAACUACGACAACCAUUGAAGAGAUUGUCAGAGAAAGAGAUAGACUUUCCAAUGAAUUAAAACAAUUGAAACAAGAAUUAGAAGAUUACAAAAAUAAAGUAUUAGAAAAAGACAAUGAAUUAGAUAAAUAUAGACAAGAAUUGAAUGAUUUGAAGUCUACUCGCAAAUAACACAAACAUUUGACUAAUUUAAUCAUUUUUGUUAAUUUAAUUUAAAGCCAUAAUUUGUA